UUCUCAAGACUGCUCUUUCUUUGCGGUGCGACCGUUUACCUUUACCAUUCAAAUCAGUUAGUGUUUAGCCACCAUCAACAGAGGAAGUUGUCACAUAAAAUAGAUUGCAAUAAAAGAAUAGUGUCAUGAAUUGUAUUUGUUCCCGUGGAAUGGAUUAAGUGUUAUAAGACAUUUGUGAAAGAGUGAUAUUGAUUUUUCAGCGUGGACUUGAAAUAGCUGAUAUAAAAAUAAAUUUAAGAAAAUUAGAUAAAAAUGAGGUUGGGAUCGGCAGCCGUUGUUAUUUGGCUGGCCGCCUUUGUGUCAACGAUUUCUUCACAAGAGGAACUGUUUUCAUGUCCAAACGGUUGGGAAUUACGUGGUCUAAAUUGUUACAAAUAUUUUGGCAUCAAACAUUCAUGGGAAAAAGCUGCUGAGCUAUGUAGAAGAUAUGGAGCCGAGUUGAUCACGAUUGAAAACUUUACUGAAAACAAUGUUACGUUAUCACUAGCAUUAGCAAAUGAUGCUAACAAACGGCUAUCGAACAAAUACUGGUUAGGUUUGGCAACUCUAGAUGAUUUACGUACAAAUACACUAGAAUCAGCGGCCGGUACUUUAGUCUCACAAUAUUCUGGUUUUUGGUCAUUGAAACAACCAAACCCGGAGGUAGGUGAAUGUGUAGCAGUAACAUCCGAGUCUCAAUCAGUCCAAUCGUGGGAAUUAUCUACAUGUGAAAGUUUGUUACCAUUUAUGUGCAAGAGUGUGGCAUGCCCACAAAAUUCGGUGCAUUGUUCCAAUGGUGAAUGUGUGAACCAAGCAUUCAGAUGUGAUGGAACUUCUGAUUGUGAUGAUGGUUCAGAUGAAAUUGAUUGUCCAGCCAAUUGCAACUUUCACAUGCAAUCUAGUGGUGAUGUGAUUGAAUCACCAAACUAUCCACACAAAUAUAAUGCGCUCUCCAAGUGUAAAUGGAUUUUAGAAGGUCCCAUCGGUAGCAAUAUUAUACUACAGUUUCAAGAAUUUGAAACUGAAAAAUCAUUCGAUACGGUUCAGAUUUUGGUUGGUGGUCGUACCGAAGACAAAUCUGUUUCAUUGGCAACACUUUCAGGUCGUGAAGAAUUGGCCAACAAACCAUUCAUUACCGCUUCAAAUUUUAUGAUAGUCAAAUUCACGACAGAUGGUAGCGUUGAGCGAAAAGGCUUUCGCGCAACAUGGAAAACUGAGCCACAAAAUUGUGGCGGCAUUUUACAGGCUACAGUUCAAAGUCAAGUAUUAACUAGCAGUGGAUAUCCGAAACACUAUCCUGCUGGAUUGGAAUGUUUGUAUAUUUUAGAAGCUCAAGCUGGCCGCAUAAUAUCCAUCGAAGUACAAGAUUUGGAUUUGGUUCGUGGACGAGAUUAUUUGCUUAUUAGAGAUGGUGACUCACCAAAUAGUCCAGUUUUGUCACGUUUAUCUGGCAAUGUCGAUGAUAAUACGCGUGUCAUAAUUUCCACGGGCAACAAACUUUAUUUGUACUUUAAAACGACUCUUGGUGAGUCUGGAAAAGGAUUUAAUCUACGAUAUACUCAAGGAUGUCGUGCCACACUUCAUGCAUAUAAUGGAACAAUUAGUUCCCCUGCUUUUGGAUUAAGUAGCUAUCCAAAUAAUCAAGAGUGUGUAUUUAAAGUAAAAAAUCCGAAUCAAACACCUUUAUCGCUGCGAUUUGAUAAAUUCAAUGUCCAUUCAACGGAUAUGGUGCAAGUAUUCGAUGGAGAAUCUACUUCGGGUCUUCGAUUACAUUCUGGAAAUGGUUUUACCGGUGCAACAGUACCAAAAAUAACAUUAACCGCAUCUUCUGGAGAAAUGUUGAUUAGAUUCAUUUCUGAUUCAUUACAUAAUGCAGCUGGAUUUUCCGCAACAUUUUCGGCUGACUGUCCGUUUUUAAGGCCAGGCGAAGGUGCGUUGGCUUCAAAUAGAGAUACAGCAUUUGGAACGAUUGUACAAUUCACAUGUCCAACGGGCCAAGAGUUUGCCACAGGAAAAAAUAAAAUACAAACGGUUUGUCAAAAAGGAGGCAAAUGGAGCAUUGAAUACAUAUCUAAAUGUCAAGAAGUAUAUUGUGGGCCGGUGCCACAAAUUGAUAAUGGAUUUUCAAUUGGUUCAACAAAUGUUACCUAUAAUGGCGCAGCAACGUAUCAGUGUUAUGCCGGCUUCACUUUUUCGUCCGGAAAACCCAUUGAAAAAAUAUCUUGCUUAGCAAAUGGCCAUUGGCAAAUGGCACCGCUUUGUUUGGCAUCACAAUGUCCACCAUUGCCUGAAGUAGCUCAUGCGAAUGUGACACUAUUAAACGGUGGUGGUAGAAGUUACGGCUCUAUCGUUCAGUAUAAAUGUAAUCCAGGCUAUGAACGGUCAGGACAUCCAGUGAUAUUAUGUAUGUCAAAUGGAACCUGGAGCGAUGUAGUUCCAACAUGUAGUCGCAAACAAUGUUAUCGCAUUCCAGAAGUGAAAAAUGGGUUUAUCGUUGACACCGAACGUAAAUACUUUUUUGGCGAUGAAGCACGCGUUCAGUGCUAUAAAGGACAUCGAUUAAACGGAACAAAUAUAAUUCGUUGUAGUUCCGAACAAGACUUUGAAAAUGUUCCAACGUGUGAAGAUAUAAAUGAGUGCAACCAGUCACAAUGCGAUUUAACUUCUACCGAAUGUAAAAAUGAGGUUGGCUCUUUUCACUGUAAAUGUAAGAAAGGUUUUGCUCCAACAACCGAAUGUCGACCAGUCUCUGAUCUUGGUUUGGCCAAUAUGGGAAUACCUGAUGAUAGCAUAAUUGUGUCAUCUUCUGAAAAUGGUUUCGACAAACGUAAUGUUCGUUUAAGCGCUGUUGAAGGAUGGUGUGGUAAUGUAAACGAACCAGAAAACUGGGUUACUAUUGAUUUUAAAGCACCAACUAUAAUUCGUGGUUUUCGUACGAAAUCGGUGCAGCGAAACGACAGAUUAGCAUUUACUUCAGCCGUUCGCCUACAAUAUACCGAUGAUUUAGUCGAUGGAUUUAAAGAUUAUGCAAAUCCAGAUGGUACCGCUGUUGAAUUUCGCAUUCUAGAACCAACUCUUUCAAUUCUUAAUCUACCGAUUCCAAUCGAGGCUAGAUAUGUAAAAUUCCGCAUUCAAGAUUAUGUUAUUGCUCCAUGUUUGCGCUUAGAAGUUAUGGGAUGUACACGUUUGGAUUGUAUCGAUAUUAACGAAUGUGCAAGAAAUAAUGGCGGAUGCGAUCAAAAAUGUAUUAAUUCACCUGGUGGUUUUUCAUGUGGUUGUAAUUCAGGCUAUGAACUAUUUACAUCAAAUGGAACUGCUGAAUAUUUCAUUGAAAAAACCGAAACAGGUUCACGUGAUGGUGACACAUUGCAAUUGAAUAAAUCUUGUGUACCCGUGUUAUGUCCAACUUUGGAAUCUCCAGAAAAUGGAGAAAUUCUUUCGACCAAAAAAAAUUUCCAUUUUGGCGAUUUAGUCAAAAUUCAAUGUGACUUUGGUUAUGUAAUGUCUGGCAGUUCAGCUCUUCUUUGUUUAUCAAGUGGCCAAUGGAAUGGAACUGUACCGGAAUGUCAAUAUGCAAAGUGCGUUUCUCUUCCUGAUGAUAAGGCUGGCGGACUUGCUGUUAUUAGACCCGAUCCAGAAAGUGUUCUAGUGUCGUUCAAAGAAAAUGUUACUUUAACCUGUAAUUCCGUUGGUAGAAAUUUAAGGAAUACAGCAACAUCAGCAUUCCGGCAAUGUGUUUACGAUCCAAAACCGGGAUUUCCUGAUUAUUGGUUGUCGGGUGUCAGUCCAAGCUGUCCUAGAGCUGAUUGUGGAAUGCCUAUGCCAACAUCGGGAGCCGAAUAUGGACAAUUCAUCGAUACUAAAUAUCAAAGUUCGUUCUUCUUUGGAUGCCAAAACACAUUCAAAUUGGCGGGACAAACUGAAAAACACGAUAACGUAGUUCGUUGUCAAUCGAAUGGCAUCUGGGAUUUUGGUGAUUUACGUUGUGAAGGUCCAGUCUGUGAAGAUCCUGGAAGACCAGCUGAUGGUACUCAAAUUGCGCGAAGUUAUGAACAAGGGUCUGAAGUUUUGUUCGGUUGUUCAAGACCUGGCUAUAUUCUAAUUAAUCCAAGACCAAUUACUUGUAUUCGUGAGCCAGAGUGCAAAGUUAUUAAACCUUUGGGUAUAACAUCUGGUCGUAUUCCAGAUAGUGCAAUCAAUGCAACUACCGAAAAAAUGAACUAUGAAGCCAGAAAUAUUCGAUUGAAUUCAGUUACUGGUUGGUGUGGUGAACAAGAAGCAUUUACAUACGUUAACGUCGAUUUGGGAGAAGUGUAUAGAGUAAAAGCAAUUUUAGUUAAAGGAGUAGUUACAAACGCAAUUGUCGGACGACCGACUGAAAUUCGAUUCUUCUACAAACAAUCAGAGAAUGAAAAUUAUGUGGUGUAUUUCCCCAAUUUUAAUUUGACAAUGAGAGAUCCUGGAAAUUAUGGCGAAUUGGCUAUGAUUACAUUGCCAAAGUAUGUUCAAGCACGAUAUGUAAUCCUGGGAAUUGUUAGCUACAUGGAUAAUGCUUGUUUGAAGUUCGAAUUAAUGGGAUGUGAAGAACCGGAAAAAGAACCUUUACUUGGCUACGAUUAUGGAUAUUCACCUUGUGUCGAUAAUGAACCGCCUGUAUUCCAAAAUUGUCCACAACAACCAAUAAUUGUUCGACAUGAUGCCAAUGGUGCUAUUUUACCGGUGAACUUCACUGAACCAACAGCUGUUGAUAAUUCUGGAUCAAUAGCACGUUUAGAAGUGAAGCCUGCCAGUUUCAAAACACCCAUGUACAUAUUCCAAGACACCGUUAUCAAAUAUGUGGCCUUUGAUUAUGAUGGAAAUGUCGCUAUAUGCGAAAUAAAUAUUACCGUUCCAGACGUAACCCCACCAAAAUUGAGUUGCCCACAAAGCUAUGUCAUUGAAUUGAUUGAAAAACAAGAAAGUUAUACAGUGAAUUUCACAGAAACCCAAAAGAAACUCACAGUCAGUGAUGAUUCCGGCGAAGUUAUGUUAACAUUUAUGCCACAAAGAGCAACAAUUCCGAUUGGAAAAUUCCAAAAUGUUACAGUUAUUGCGGCUGAUAAAUUUGGCAACAAGGCGUCUUGUCAUUUUCAAGUGACUGUAAAACCAUCACCAUGUGUUGAUUGGGAAUUGCAAGAGCCAGUGAAUGGACUAUUAAAUUGUGAGUCAGGAGAUCGUGGUGUUCAAUGUGUUGCUACAUGUAAACCAGGAUACAGAUUUACGGAUGGCGAGCAACUCAAGUCUUUUUCAUGUGAAAAGUCUCGUUUAUGGCAACCAACUCAAGUUGUACCGGAUUGUGUAUCAGAAAAUACUGAACAAGCUGAUUAUCAUGUAACUGCUAGUGUUACAUAUCGCGCAAAUGGUGUUGUCAAUCCAUCAUGUUUACCACAAUAUCAAGACUGGCUUCAACAAUACUAUAGCAAUUUAAAUGAAGUUCUUUCGUCUCGUUGUUCAGCUGUCAACGUUAAUAUGAAUGUGUCAUUUAUACGAUCGAUGUCCUCAUUAUUAGAAGAAAAUGUUGUGAGGUUGGAUUUUAUUUUGGUAGUACUUCCAGCAAUUCGUCAACCACGUCUGUAUGACCUGUGCGGUUCAACAUUAAAUUUAAUAUUUGACUUAAGUGUACCAUAUGCAAGUGAAGUGAUUGAACCAUUAUUAAAUGUGUCCAAUAUUGGAAACCAAUGUCCACCAUUGAAAGCACUUAAGUCGAAUAUUGCGCGUGGAUUCGAUUGUAAUGUUGGAGAAGUUUUGAACAUGGAUACCAAUGAUGUUCCACGUUGUUUGCAUUGUCCAGCAGGUACCCACGCUGGUGAACGACAAAGCUCUUGUACAUACUGUCCCCGUGGAUUUUAUCAAAACCGCGAUAGACAAGGCUCUUGUAUUGCAUGUCCAUCAGGAACAUAUACCAGAGAGCAGGGAUCGAAGUCAAUUAAUGAGUGCAUUCCAGUGUGCGGUUUUGGAACUUUUUCACCUACCGGUUUGGUACCUUGUUUGGAAUGUCCGUUUGACUCGUUUUCUGCUGAACCACCUACAGGUGGCUUUAAAGAUUGCCAAGCAUGUCCACCAAAUACUUUCACAUUUCAACCAGCAGCACCUUCGAAAGAUCGCUGUAGAUCAAAAUGUGCACCAGGAUUCUAUUCAUCAACUGGAUUGGCACCAUGUUCGCCAUGUCCUCGAAACUUCUACCAAAAUGUCAUUGGAGCAACGACAUGUAAAGAAUGCCCAACCAAUAUGAAAACCGACAAUCAAGCUUCGGUUGGUCGUGAAGAUUGCAAAGCAGUGAUUUGUACGGAAAGUUCAUGUCAACAUGGUGGUUUAUGUGUUCCAACUGGCCAUGCAGUGCAAUGUAUUUGUCCAGCGGGUUUCAGUGGUUCACGAUGCGAAAUCGAUAUAGAUGAAUGUGCGUCGUCUCCAUGCUACAACGGUGGAAUUUGUACUGAUUUGCCUCAAGGCUACAGAUGUAAAUGUCCACCAGGCUUUUCAGGUGAAAACUGCCAAGAUGAAGAAAGCAAUUGUAAAGCUGACACAUGCCCAACUCGGGCAAUGUGUAAAAAUGAACCAGGAUAUGGAAAUUUUUCGUGUUUGUGCAGAAGUGGUUACACUGGAUCUGACUGCAAUAUCACGAUCGAUCCUUGUACAACCAACGAAAAUCCAUGCUCAAAUGGUGCGUCUUGUAUUGCAUUAAAACAAGGACGUUUCAAGUGUGAUUGUUUGCCGGGCUGGAUGGGUCAACACUGUGAAAUUAAUGUCGAUGAUUGCGCUGAAAAUCCAUGUCUAUUAGGAUCCAAUUGUACCGAUUUGAUAAACGAUUUUAGUUGCUCGUGUCCACCAGGAUUUACGGGUAAAAGAUGUCACGAAAAAAUUGAUCUGUGUUUGUCCGAACCGUGUGCGAAUGGAAUUUGCAUUGAUCGGCUUUAUGAUUAUGAAUGUGUAUGCCAUCCAGGAUGGACGGGAGAAAAUUGCCACAUCAAUAUAAAUGAUUGUGAAGAUAAUCCAUGUAACGAUGGUACAUGCAUAGACUUGGUUGAUGGCUAUAAAUGCAAUUGUUUACCAGGAUUUGAGGGCAAAAACUGUCAACAUAUGACAGAUGAAUGCAAGAGUGAACCCUGUCAAAAUGGUGCAACAUGCAUUGACGAACUUGAUAAAUAUGUUUGUAAAUGUCGCAAAGGUUUCAGAGGACCUCAGUGCGAAGUUGAAAUUGAUGAGUGCCUGAAUGACCCGUGCAAUCCAGUUGGAACUGAAGAGUGUAUAGAUUUUCAUAACAAAUUUGUGUGCAAAUGUCGCAAUGGAUACCGUGGUGAACUUUGCGAAGAAAACAUUGACGAUUGCAAGUAUAACCCAUGUGGAAACGGCGGAACAUGCAUGGACCGUAUUGGCUCUUACGAAUGUAUCUGCGAAGAUGGUUGGACUGGUCAAAACUGCGAAAAACAAGUAGAAAUGUGUUCAGCUGCAACAUGUAAAAAUGAUGCAGGCUGCAUUAAUCUUUUCCAAGACUACUUCUGUGUAUGUCCAAAAGGAACGGAUGGCAAACAAUGUGAGGUUGCACCAGAACGUUGUGUCGGGGAUCCAUGUAUGCAUGGAGGAACAUGCAGAGAUUUUGGUUCAGGAUUGAAUUGUACUUGCCCAGAAGAUUAUACCGGAAUUGGAUGUCAAUACGAAUUUGAUGCUUGCGAAGCUGGUCAAUGCAAAAAUGGAGCAUCAUGCAUAGAUAAAGGACAAGGUUAUACAUGCAUUUGUCCACCAGGAUUUACGGGCAAAAACUGUGAAAACGAUAUUGUAGACUGUAAAGAAAAUUCUUGCUCUCCAGGCGCAACAUGCAUAGAUUUACCAAGCGGAUUCUACUGUCAAUGUCCAUUUAAUUUGACAGGAGAUGAUUGUAGAAAGACAAUCCAAGUGGAUUAUGAUUUGUACUUUAGCGAUCCAACACGUUCAACUGCUGCUCAAGUCAUACCCUUUUACACUAGUGGAAGCAAUAGUUUAACGAUUGCAAUGUGGGUUCAAUUCUCUCAAAAAGACGAUUCUGGAAUUUUCUAUACCCUUUAUGCCGUUGAUUCACCACACAUAACCAUCAAACGUCGUUUAAUACUUCAAGCUCAUUCAAGUGGAGUACAAGUUUCACUUUUCAGCGAUUUGCAAGAUGCAUUCCUGUCAUUUAGAGAAUAUGCUACAAUUAACGAUGGCCAAUGGCAUCAUAUUGCUAUAGUUUGGGAUGGUAAAACCGGACAACUUCUAUUGAUUACAGAAGGCUUGAUAGCUAGUAAAACUGAAUAUGGAAGUGGUCGACAACUGCCUGAUUAUGUAUGGGCCGUUAUUGGAAAACCACAACCUGAACAAUUAUCAUUAUCAUCGGUUACAUAUACCGAAGCUGGAUUCCAAGGUCGAAUUACAAAAGCACAAAUAUGGUUACGAGCAUUAGAUGUUACAUCAGAAAUUCAAAAACAAGUGCGCGAUUGUCGUAGUGAACCAAUUCUAUACCGUGCUCUCAUUAUAAACUGGGCUGGAUAUGAAAUUACACAAGGUGGUGUUGAGCGAUCAGUACCCUCAACAUGUGGUCAAAAGAAAUGUCCCUCUUCCUCCAACAAUGGUGGUCAAUGUAAUCAAAUUGAUGUAGAUAAAGAACCACCACACGUUCAACAUUGUCCAGGUGAUUUGUGGAUCAUUUCACGGAAUGGUUCUGCUCAAGUAGUAUGGGAUGAACCUGAAUUUGUCGAUAAUGUGGGCGUAACCAGAGUCAUCGAAAAAAGUGGACAUCGUUCUGGCCAAACAUUACUGUGGGGCACCUACGAUAUUACAUACUUGGCUUCUGAUGCGGCUGGCAACACAGCAUCAUGCAGUUUCAAAGUGUCAGUUUUAUCUGAAUUUUGCCCUCUUUUAGCCGACCCAGUUGGAGGGAGUCAAUCUUGUAAAGAUUGGGGAGCAGGUGGACAAUUUAAAGUUUGUGAAAUCAACUGUAAUGCGGGUCUUCGUUUCUCGGAACCUGUUCCAGAAUUUUAUACAUGCGGUGCCGAAGGUUUUUGGCGUCCGACGUCAAAUCCUUCACAACCUCUCAUCUAUCCAUCAUGUUCACCAUCGAAACCGGCACAACGAGUUUUUCGCAUUAAAAUGCUUUUCCCCUCAGAUGUACUUUGUAACGAAGCAGGUCAAGGUGUGCUGAGACAACGUGUACGGAAUGCAAUCAAUGCAUUGAACAGAGAUUGGAACUUCUGUUCGUAUUCUACUGAAGGUUCACGGGAAUGUAAAGAUAUUCAGAUCGAUAUAAAUUGCGAUCAUUAUCGAGGCGGAAGCUCAAACCGCGUUCGACGUCAAUUAAUUGGGGAUGAUAACAGCGGGGGCACCUAUGUUGUAGAUAUUAAUAUUCCCACCGAACGAAACGUAGCUUUGGAUACAUCAAGUGAAGCAGUCACUCGAGGUCGAGAAAGUAGACAACAAGGAGGUGAUACGUAUACACUUGAAAUCGCCUUUCCAUCUGUUAAUGAUCCAAUUUUACAUUCAUCAACUGGGGAACGAUCCGAUGUUAAAACAUUAGUGCAAAAAUUAAUUCUUGAAGAGAAUCAAUUCGCCGUUCAAGAUAUUUUGCCAAAUACGUUGCCUGAUCCUUCAUCAUUGAAUUUAUCAUCGGAGUACGCAUGUCCAGCAGGUCAAGUAGUUAUGGUUCCGGAUUGUGUGCCAUGUGCGGUUGGAACAUACUUUGAUCAAGCAAAUAAAACAUGUAAUCCAUGUCCACAAGGAAGCUAUCAAUCUGAAACUGGACAAUUUCAGUGUUUGAGAUGUCCAAAUAUUGCAGGCCGAAUUGGGGUAACAGCUGGCAGUGGAGCACGUUCAGCUGCAGACUGCAAAGAACGUUGUCCACCGGGUAAAUUUUUGGAUACUGAAAGUGGACUUUGCCGUUCAUGUGGCCAUGGAUUCUAUCAACCAGACGAAGGGUCGUUUGCAUGUCUGUUGUGUGGCCUUGGUCAAACAACCCGUUCAGCAGAAGCAACUUCGCGCGAUGAGUGUCGAGAUGAAUGUGCAUCUGGUCAACAACUUGGAAAUGAUGGACGGUGUGAACCUUGUCCUCGAGGAACAUAUAGAUCACAAGGUAUUCAACCAACAUGCGCAGCAUGUCCAUUGGGAAGAACUACACCCAAACUUGGUGCCUCAUCAAUUGAAGAAUGUUCUUUGCCAGUGUGUUUGCCAGGCACAUAUCUCAAUGGUACACUCAAUCUGUGCGUUGAAUGCAAGAAAGGUUUCUACCAAUCUGAAUCACAACAAACAUCAUGUGUUGCUUGUCCACCAAAUCAUAGUACAAAAUCAGUUGGUGCUACUAGCCGAACUGAAUGCACAAAUCCAUGUGAGACUAUAAAAGAGGGCCAAACUCAUUGCGACCAAAACGCAUAUUGCAUACUAGUUCCUGAAACCUCUGAUUUUGAAUGUAAAUGUAAGCCUGGUUUUAACGGAAACGGAACCGAAUGUACGGAUGUAUGCGAUAAUUAUUGUGAUAAUGGUGGAACAUGCGUUAAAGAUUUGAAAGGAACACCCUCAUGUCGUUGCUCUGGUUCAUUUACCGGUCCGAAUUGUUUAGAACGAUCUGAAUUUGCAUAUAUUGCUGGGGGAAUAGCAGGAAUUGUUAUAUUCAUCGUAAUUAUUGUAUUAUUGAUUUGGAUGAUUUGUGUACGUUCAACAAAGAAGAAAGACCCUAAGAAAAUGCUUACGCCUGCCAUAGAUCAGACUGGAUCACAAGUUAACUUCUAUUAUGGAGCACAUGCACCAUAUGCGGAAAGCAUAGCUCCUUCACAUCAUAGCACAUAUGCCCACUACUAUGAUGAUGACGAAGAAGAUGGCUGGGAAAUGCCAAACUUUUAUAAUGAAACUUACAUGAAAGAAGGGCUGCAUGGAAACAAGGAGGAUUUAUAUGAUAGACUCAAAAGACACGCGUAUCCUGGCAAGAAAGAAAAAAGCGACAGUGACAGCGAAAUAGGACACUAAAUUUAGA